AGCUGCCACGCGACACCCAUGCGACCUUCUAAUGCCUCCCAUUCCCUCCACGUUCGACGAAGAAAUCUCGCAGACGAUUGCUUCUGUCGAGAGGCGUCAGAAUGAUAUUUCGCAGUUCCAAAUACCACGUUUAUGUACAUGCAAAGGACCCCUUCGUGUUCAGCAGAAUCUGGCGGCAGAGUUGAGAGAGGACCUUGAUGCCAUCGCACGACAAGUGGAGGGGUUAGAUUUACUGGUAGGAGACCAGAGAGGAGAGAAGAAUCGGAGAGAGUUGCAACAAAUAGUGGAUCGACUCAAGAGCGUGCAUAGCAGUCUUCGAAAGGAUACCCGAGCAGCACUUCUGGAGUCCAAGCGCGCUAUAGACGCUUUGAGCAGGUCGAGUCGAGAAGAACUACUGAAGUCGUCGGCUGUCACUGAGAAAUCGAAUGAGAAAGUAACGGAAGACGCAUUAAUGCAGGCAAAUGACACUGUGACGGAGGCCUUCCGGCGGACGAUUGGUCUCAUGCAAGUGGAACUGGAGAGGUCGGUUGCAUCGACUCAGCUGUUAGAUGCAUCCUCGGCCUCCCUGCGCGCUACAUCGUCUACUCAUGACACCCUCACGAACAUAAUGGACACCUCAAAGCAACUUAUCACCGCCCUGGAGAAGACAGACUGGAUAGACCGAGUCUUAAUCAUAUCCGGAUUGGUUUUCUUCGCCCUUGUGGUCCUCCUCAUUUUGAAACAGAGGUUGGUGGAUCGGGGUAUUCGAAUAGCGUUCUGGUGGACGCGGUUUAUCCCGGACUUUGGUAGUGAUGAAGCCUUGGUGUCCAUGGAAGAAGGGAUCAAAGCAACGACAUUGACUACGACGCUGGUGUCCGUUGCCGCGAGCUCUGUCUCUGCGGCAAUAUCUUCUCUUUCUGUGUCCUCUGUUGUUGAAGUGGCGAUCUCAAACUCUCUGUGGGAGUCCAGCGCAACGGACCCUGCUACCGAAACAAUAGCGUCUUUAACGAAUGCAGUUAUUCCUACAACAACCGAUACUAUUAUGUCACCAGCUACAGAGGAUUCACAUGAUGAGUUGUAGACCGCGGUAUUAUAUAAAUCUUUUGUUGAACGUUAUCAUACAAGCUGC